GCUCGUGCGCCGUAGGCUGAAGGUCACGUGUUUGUUAUCCCACGCCAAACUCGUGUUAUUGUAAUAUAUAUCGUCACUCUUUGCCGAAAAACUGUUAAAGUUAUCAGAAAAAUUGUUCUAUUUUGGGAUUUGACAGUUUUUGAUUUUAAAAUGUACAAAUGUUAAUAAUUUAACACAAUGAUGAUUGUAAUUAUAACCGUAAUUUAAUCUACCGUGAAAUAAUGAGUUGUUGUUUUUAUUAUAUUGGAGUGGAUGUUGGCACAUGUAGUGUGCGUGCAGCUCUUGUUAGUCCAGACGGUCACGUCAAAUACACAGCUGAAGAAAACAUUCAGAUAUGGGAAGGAUGUGUUGAUCAUUAUGAACAAUCAUCAGAAGAUAUCUGGAGAAAAUGUUGCAAAGCAGUCAAGGAGGUAACUCGGGACAUUGAUAUAGACUGCGUGAGAGGUAUUGGAUUCGAUGCUACCUGCUCUUUAGUGGCUCUGGGCCGAAACUUUCAGCCCGUAGCUGUCAAUCAAGCCGGAAUCAAAGAGAGAAAUGUAGUAAUGUGGAUGGAUCAUCGGGCUUCACAACAGGCUUCUCGAAUCACAGCUAUGAAACACGAAGUCCUUCAGCGAGUCGGUGGUGUGAUGUCUCCUGAAAUGCAACCUCCCAAAUUACUGUGGUUGAAAGAGAAUCUGCUGGAAAGUUGUUGGAAAGAUGCAUCUCAUUUCUUUGAUCUUCCAGACUUUCUGUCAUGGAAAGCUACUGGGUCCUUAGUGAGGUCUUUGUGUACUGUAGUGUGUAAGUGGACCUAUUCCCCAUCAGACGGCUGGAACGACAGCUUCUGGACCGCUGUUGGUCUGGAGGACUUGAUGGAGAACAAUUAUUACAAAAUAGGAUCACAGACGUGUUGUCCGGGACGUUUAGUAGGAGGUCUUACGCCGGAGGCUGCUGCAGAUUUAGGCCUGAAAGAGGGCACAGCCGUGGGUGCGUCACUUAUAGAUGCUCAUGCAGGUGGAUUAGGUGUCAUGGGAGCUGACGUGAGUGGCCAUCAUCUGCCUUGUGAAAAUCAGCCGAUCACAUCCCGCAUGGCUGUUAUAUGUGGCACAUCUUCAUGUCACAUGGCUGUCAGCAGUCGGGCAUUGUUUGUUCCCGGGGUCUGGGGUCCGUAUCUCUCUGCCAUGCUGCCAGAUCUGUGGCUAAAUGAAGGAGGUCAGAGCGUCACAGGGAGAUUGGUUGACCAUGUGUUGAGAGGACACGCGGCGUACACACAGUUAAAGGAUCAGGCAGAGGAAAGUGGAAAACACAUGUACUCCUAUCUGAACUUUCAUCUGGAAACCCUGGCCCGAGUCACGACACAUGUUGAGCAGCUGACCGCAGACCUGCACGUGUGGCCUGACUUUCACGGCAAUCGUUCUCCAUUGGCCGAUCAGACGUCCAGGGGCAUGAUUGUUGGACUCACUUUAUCACAAACUUUGGAUGACUUGGCCCUGCUGUAUCUAGCAACUCUGCAGGCUAUCGCUCUCGGCACAAGACACAUUAUAGAUGCCAUGAGAGAAGCAGGACAUGACAUCACAACUCUCUUCAUGUGUGGAGGUCUGAGCAAGAACUCUCUGUUUGUGCAGUUACAUGCCAACACCACAGGUCUGCCUGUUGUGUUGACAGAAGAGAAAGAAGCUGUGCUGAUUGGAGCAGCAGUUUUAGGGGCCUGUGCAUCAUCUGACUAUAGCUCCAUACAGGAAGCAAUGAGGAAAAUGACCAAAAUAGGACGAGUUGUCCGACCUAAUCCUGAGUUAGAAAGCUUUUACAGAAAGAAAUAUGCCGUGUUUUUGAAGCUUUAUGAUCAUCAGAAGGAAUAUGUGAAACUGAUGAAUGAUGGACAUCUGGAGGCAACAGCAGUUUAUAACUGACAGAUGAAAUGUUUAAUAGACUUAACGCUGCCAUACAAAUCUCUGUGUAUUAUUCAUUUCUUCAUACAGCAUUGAUUUAUACAAAUGUCUGAGGUGAAUUUAGGAUGGUACACCUCUCAGACCUCUUACAAAUAAAGAUGAUUUUAGAUGUUUAAUGACUAUUGUCAACAUUGGAAUCACUAGAUAAGGGCUUCAUGUACUUAUUUUAUAAUUCAACCAAAAUCGAUAUUUUUCACUUCUUUGUGCAUUCAGACUCAUUCAGACAGCCCGGGUCACAUUUAUAAAUACAGAAAUAAACUAUAUCACAAA